CCACCCAAAACACUAUGUGCGUGAUUCGUAGUGCUAAGCACUACUAACUUAUAAAGUGCGCUCAUGCAAUCUCCUUCUCGUGCUCGCACAGCGAUCCUUAUACACAACAAGACCUUUCGAACAUGCGUCGCAAAAAGGCCGAGGACAGGAAACUCCUUCAGCAGAGGGAAAUACCACAUGAUCGAUGCAUUCUACCAGGUUCCUCAGCCAACCCACCAUGCCUACCAUCUCUCAAGCCUUUUUCCCCUCUGGACCGUACCUUUAUUAAGGAAACACCACCUUUACAGGCAAGCCCUCGUUCUGGCAUACCAAGCGCACCCAACACAACCACGAGUCGUCCAGUUCAGCCUUCGAAUCCACCAUCAACGUCGCCUAAGCAAAACCCAGGGGAUUUAAACCACUUAGCCGGCUUCGAUUUCAACUUCAAAGAGGAUGACCGGGAGAUCAAUACCAAACCAAGCACCAUACCAACCUGGCACAGCCAAACCUCCAUACUGACAGACACAUAUCCAAAUGCCCAACCUGCCCCCAAAAGGCUCACCCAGACUACAUACAAAGCACCACCAAAGCGCCCCCUUCACCCCUCAGAGCCAUUCACAGAUCUCGCCCUCAGAAGCCGAGUACCAGACACAGGCUCAACCCCCUCCACAUCACCAUCACCACCAUCCCAUCAAGCCCAUACCCCGAAGCACAACCCGCCACGCUCUCACAUCAGAAGCACAUCCCUCCUAACCGCCCCACCACCCACCCUCCCCACAUCCUCCCCUCGGCCAAAACGCCGUCUUCUUCCCGACCAGCACCCAGCGGCAGCAUACAAGCCCCCAUCAACCCUCAAGCGCAGCAGAGGUUCCUCCUCCUCCCGACCCCACCCCCAGUACCCAACCCUCCACCUCUCUCCCCCUUCACCCCCAAAUCAGAAGCAAAGAAGACUGCAGUCCUGCAAGGGGGUUUCAAGCUCGCACUUAUCUCCUAUUAAGGAGGAGUAUGAGCGGGUGGGUGGAUGGGUGAUUGAUGGGAGCUAGCUGUGUCUUGGGGAUAGGUAUGGAUGGUGUUGGGGUAUAAAGUGCGUCGUCGUGACAGGGCUAGGACUGUGUGGAUGUGGGAGG